AACCAACUGAAAAGGAAAGCUUCUAAAUGUCCGGGGACACCAAAGUUCGAGUCAGGCAGCUUGUCUGGGAAGUCCAGAACACUCUUUCUACAUCUAAGAAUCCCUCAGAAGUGUCAGAGGCUCUCCUAAGACUUUCAGUGCUUCUUCCGCACCACAAGACUUCCAAAAGCCAAGACUUUCCAGACUCGAGACUCUCAGAAGCCAAGAAAGAGUUUUCUCAGCACCACUAUGUGCCAUUCCUGGAGUUUUUGAUCAGUAAGCUGUCGGUUGACUGGCUAGGAAGGUUGGGAGAGGAGAGAAGAAGAGAGUUACUGGAUGGGUACUUUCUGGAUGGAGUUCACCAGGAUGCUUUCAUCGUACUCUGCUCUGCUGUUCAGAAGUCCAGCCCGAGCUACAAGCAGGACAAGUGUGUCUCCCUCCUGGAGCAGUUUCUCACACAGAACAAGCUGACAGACAUGUUCUGGGAGCAGUGCAGUAACCUAGCAACCGGUCACAUGAUCCAGACCAACCAAUCAGAGAAUUCGAACAGGAGGCAGCCAAGGGUACACAAUGCAUUGUGGGAAGAGCUGGUGACGAUUUUGGCAACGAUUCCUGACAGGAUGGCCAACAAAUUACAGCACAGAAAUCGUGCUGCCUUUUAUCCAGAGCAGUACUUCCAGUCUCUGGCUAUGAGCAUGUGGGAGACUUUAGAGAAGGUUCACGGUGCAAUCAAAGCCUCCAAGGACUGUUCCAUGGCCUUUCUACAGCUGUUGUUGGGGAAACUGUGUAUCCAGGGACAUGCAGGUUACUUGUUUGUCUGUCCAGUUUUGAGAGUCCUGCUGCCCAGACUAAGAAGAUGGACCCGGCAGGACUUUGUGUGGCAGCGAGUCAGCUGUCUGCUGCUCACAGGUGUGCAGGACAGGUGUGUGGAGAGCCUGGUGUCUCACCUGGUCAUGCAGGUGUCAUGGUAUGGUGUCCUGUCCCGACUGUUGGGGGACGGAGUUCUCAGGAGUCCGAAGCUGAAGUACAUCCUCACACACAAGUGUCUACUCAUCAGGCACUAUGAACAGGAUUGUGUGGUGCAGAAUAUUAUGGGCUACCUGGCCGACUCCCCAACCAGAAGACCUCUUCUAAUUCAGACACUCCUGAGACUGUUGGAAGUAUGGAGUGACUCCAGUGCCAUUAAACACACCUCAUACGACCAGCAUGCUUACCUGUCUAAAGCCAUCCUGGCUGGGCUCGCACAUCUCAACAGCAAGGACAAACAGGAACACAAGCAAGACUUGAUUAGAAGACUACUGGAGGGAGUUCAACAUCACAUAGACAGUCCUGUCGUUAAGAUCCGUCGUCUUGGCAUGAUUGUAGCAGAGAGUGUAACCAAGACAGUAGACCCUGAUGGACAGACACUCAAGUUUGAGUAUGAGGAGGAUGAAGAAACUACAAGGCUGAUUUCGCUCCUCACACCUCCCCCUGAUCCUGGAGAUGAACCUGAAGUUGAGCAGGAAACAGAAACAGUCUUUCUGAAGAAAACACCACUGCCACAGAAGGAGGACUCUACCAAAACCUCCUCAGAUGCUCAGGAAGGGAAGGUGACGUCACCUCAAAACAAGGAGGGUUCUGACUCUGAGCUAGACAGUGAUGAUGACCUUGAGCCAUAUGACAUGCCGGAAGACGUCAAAAUGUCCAAGGUCAAGCCACCUGUCUACAUCAGGGACUGUCUUGAUGGUCUCAUAGCUGAUGAGGAUGGGGAUAGAGUAGAGGCCUGUCUGGGUGUUUGUGAGCAACUAGUGAGAAGACAACCAGACAACUUAGAAGAGGUCUGUGUGGAGCUGGUGAAAAUUCUGCUGCAUCUACAGAACAGCUAUGCUAUCCCAGAAUUCACCAGGCUCAGAAGAGAAGCCAUGUUGGCCACAGCAGUCUUCUGUCCUCUGCAGAUUUCUCAGUAUCUGACUACUGAGUUCUAUGCACCAAACUACACUAUAAUGCAAAGGCUGGACAUGUUGGAGGUUUUAGUAGGAGCCGCUCAGGAACUUUCCCAGCCAGUGGAACAGAAGAAGGACACGAGACCAGAACCUCUGGUGCAGCCUCUCCCUGCCCCUGCUGAACAGGCUGGGGAACCCCGACACUGGAGGGAGGUUGUACAGAGGAGGAUUGAGAAGAAGACCAGGAGAUUUGCUAAGGGAGCCAGCAAACCAGAUCCAACCCCAGUACCCAACAAGUUUCACCACGUGGCCGGGCACUUCUUCUUCCCACUUCUCAAGAACUAUGACAGUCGUCAGAACACCCUGGACAUGUUAGGAGAGGAUGCCCUGGUGUUGGGCAGGCUGGUGUACUCACUAGGGGCGAUACUGUAUGCUGCUGCAAACACUAUGGUUGCAAGACAAAUGGCCAAGUCCCUGCUGGAGUUUGUCUGGGUGCUACGCUUCCACACGGAACCGUAUGUGCGUCAGUCUUUGUUGUUUGCUGUCUCCAUGGUGAUCCUGAGUGUCCCCGCCCAUGUCCUGACCUCUGACCUCCAGGAGGAGAUAGUCGAAGGGCAGCAGUGGUUACAAGAUGUGUUGGAGAAGGACACAGAUGCAGAAUGCCAGAAACUGGCCGUGCAGACUCUGAUGCUGCUGCAGAACACACUUCAGCAGGAGUUGGGUGGAAGAGAUACUGUUGAUCAGAAAUAGCUACAUGCACUGAGUUGUUAACUGGUGAACAACAAUGUACAAUAGAAAUACAAGACCUA